AUGAAUCAAACACCCCAAAUAGCAUCUGACCUCCUAUCCGACCCACCUCCAGAACUACAGCGGAUACUGGACGACCCCCGCACCACCGACGAAGCUCGUCAAGCCGUUAAAGAAGUAUCGGUGGUAUCGCCCCCACCGACACACAAUGGGUUGGUAGCCACGCAGAAAGAAAAGGAACAGACCUCUGACGGAGUCAAUAAUGCUGGAGAAGGGAGAUUGCAGAUUGUUAACGAACAUCAGGAAUUUACCAAAGAGUUAUCCCCUUACUUGUCUCAAUGGGGAUUACUCGAUAAGGGAUUCGCCUACGAUGUAGUAUCCGUAUUCGGAUCUCAAUCAACAGGUAAAUCAACUUUACUCAACAGACUGUUCGGAACGAGUUUCGAUGUGAUGGAUGAAUCGAGACGACAACAGACUACCAAAGGGAUAUGGAUGUGUCCCUCGGUGUAUGGGAAUACCCUCGUGAUGGAUGUGGAAGGAACGGAUGGGAGGGAAAGGGGAGAAGAUCAGGAUUUCGAGAGGAAAUCGGCUUUGUUCAGUUUGGCUAGUACCGAGGUGUUGAUCGUUAAUUUAUGGGAACAUCAAAUUGGUUUAUACAAUGGAGCCAACAUGGGUCUUCUGAAGACGGUAUUUGAAGUGAACUUGGGUUUGUUUGGAGGAGGUGGUGAUAGCUCAAAACCAAAACCGCAAGAGAAAACGAUGAUCCUCUUCGUCAUAAGGGAUCAUGUUGGUUCAACACCUGUCAGCAAUCUGACGGCGACUUUGACUCAGGAUAUGGAGAAGAUCUGGGCUAGCUUGUCAAAGCCACAACACCUCGCGGAGGCAACCCUCUCAUCCUAUUUCGACCUAUCAUUCGCAACGCUGCCCCACAAAGUCCUCAUGCCCGAGAAAUUCGAAGAAGAAGUUCUAGAGCUUCGUAAACGAUUCACUGACCGUUCGAGGUCCGAUUAUGUAUUCCAACCUAGUUAUCAUAAGAGGAUCCCGGCGGAUGGUGUGGGCUUUUAUAUGGAGGGUAUUUGGCAACAAGUCCUCACCAACAAAGAUCUUGAUCUCCCUACUCAACAAGAGCUACUAGCUCAGUUCAGAUGCGACGAAAUAUCAGCUUCUGCGACGGAGACUUUCUUAGCCAGCUUCAAAGUGGUCAGAAAACCUAUAGAAGCCGGUCAAGUCGUAGAAGGCUUAGAUGUAUUGAUGAAAGACUGGCUGGAUACUGCUUUAGGCAAAUUCGAUAGGGACGCAUCAAGGUAUCAUGCCGGAGUAUAUCAGCGUAAACGACUUGAUCUCUUAUCAUCAUUACACUCGAACUUAUCUUCCUUGUUCCUUGGACAAUUGAAAAAUUUACAUAAGAUUGAAUUGAACAAUUUCACCAAGAACCUAUCAAAGGGAACGAAGGAAGUGAAUUAUGAUUUUGCAAAGAUUGUUACCCAAGCGCAGCAACAGGCUAAGCAGAAUUUCUUGACGAGUGCCAAAGAGGUGGUUGUAGAUGGGACUGAUUGGGAAUAUACGAGUGAAUUGGAACUUUUGGAAGAUGAUUUGAAAAAUAUUGCGGAUAGGUAUAGGAAGGAUGAGACGAAGAAGAUGGUUAAUGCAAUCGAGCGAAAUGUCAAGAGACAAUUGCUUGAACCUGUUGAAGUUGCCUUAUCUCAACCCUCACCUAAGAUGUGGGAUACUGUCUUGACGACGUACAAGGAAGUCAGUGAAGAUGCUGAGGGAUCGUAUCUUUCCAAAGCAAAGAGUUACAACUGCUCUGAAGAAGAGAACGAAGCUGCACUUGCAUCGUUACGAGCAAGAACGUGGUUAUCGCUCAGAAGGAAGUUGGAGGAACAGACUUCCGAUGCUACUAUAUUGGCGACUUUACGAACGACCUUUGAAGAGAGGUUCAGGUAUGAUGAGGCUGGUGUACCUAGAGUGUGGAAACCUGAAGAUGAUAUCGAAAGUGCAUUCACAAAGGCAAAAGAGGAGACACUCAAGUUGUUACCAAUCUUCUCCCAAAUUACACCUACCACUUCAUCCCUCCUUCCUGCUCUACCAUCUCCAGAAGUCACAUUCGACAUCGAAUCAGAUCCCAUACCAUUCGACCCAUCGACCGCAUUCGUCCUUCUAUCACCAACGAAAUUGUUAUCGCUGGAAACUCGAUUCAAGCGAGAAGCUGAUGCUGCGUAUGUGGAAGCGAAACGAUCGAUGGUAUCUUCUGUCGCACAAGUACCGCUUUGGAUGUAUGGUAUCUUAGUGGUGCUUGGGUGGAACGAAGCUAUGGCCGUGCUGUUCAAUCCAUUGUAUUUCGCUAUGCUCUUGGUUUUAGGUGCUUCAGCCUACAUAAUCCUCCAGCUAGGUCUUGCCGGACCAUUACUCCAAGUUACCCGAACAAUCCUCAACGAAAUCAAGCGAAUAGCCACUGAUAAAUUGAGAGAGGCGUUCAAAGAAGUCCCUGAAGCUCAGAGGAUGUUGAAUACUCCUUAUCUUGCUAAUGCUAACAACACUUCGGCAGAUGGAUUAAGGAGUGAAGAGAGGGAAAAGGGGGACUUGUUAAAAGAGAAAUUCGUGGAGAAGUGA